UACUGGCAUCCAGGGUAACACAAGCCUGGGUAGUGUGCCUGCGCUGUUUCCAAGCGGUGGGCCAGCUCCUCAAAUAACCACAGGGUUUAGCAGCACUGGCCUGUCGAUGCCUCAGUAAACACACGGGGACAUGGGUCAACUUGAACACGCUGUGCAAAGCCAGAGACGCUCUCAUGUCGCUGAGGAAAGAAACAAAACAAGGGAAGGGUCACGUGUGCAGCCGUUAGAUACUCGCUUGGCUCAGGCUUUUUUUAGGGCUGGAAUGCGCAACCCGUGGCCUCACGGCUAGCUCCGAGACCAUAACAACAAACGUCACGGCACCUUCCUCCCUAAACACCACCUCCUGAAACUUUCGGUGAAGUACGGAAAGAGGUGAGCAAGAAAGGGGGAAGGGAAGCGUACGAAAAUGCCACGCUUUGCGUUUUGGGAUGAAGGUACCCCAGAUUCAAGAAACAAAUUGAGCCUAAAUGACACAGACAAGGAGUACAGAAUGGACAGGCCAAUGCUCGAGUUCUACCAGUACAAGGACAGUGAGCUUUCCUCACACCUUCUCUCCCAGCUGAAUGGCCUGAGGCAGGAGAGGAUCUUCACAGACGUCCUCCUCUGCUCGGACAGCGAGGAGAUCCCUUGCCACAGGACCGUCCUGGUGUCCAGCAGCCCCUACUUCCGGGCCAUGUUCUGCAGCAACUUCAGGGAGCGCCAGCAGACCCGGGUCGACCUGAAGGGCAUCUCGGCCAGCAUCCUCGGCGACAUCGUGGACUACGUGUACACCGGUUCCGUCACCAUCACCAUGGAGAUGGUCCUGCCCCUGAUGCAGGCCGCCUCCAUGCUGCAGUACCCCCGGCUCUUCGAGGCGUGCUCGGCCUUCCUGCAGGGGCAGCUGAGCCCGGACAACUGCCUGAGCAUGGUCCGGCUGUCGGAGAUCCUCCACUGUGCCAGCCUCCGGGAGAAGGCCCGGGAGAUGGCCGUGCAGAGCUUCUCGGACGUGGCCGCCUCUGAGGACUUCCGCGAGCUCCCGCUGCCCGAGCUCAUGUGCUACCUGGAGGACGACCGCCUGUGUGCCGAGGAGGAGCAGGUCUUCGAGACGCUCCUGGCCUGGAUCCACCACGACCCCUUCUACCGCCGCGGCGCCAUCCAUGACCUCUUCAAGAAGGUCCGCCUGCGCUACAUCCACCCCACCUACCUCUUCCAGUUCAUCGCCAAUGACCCGCUCAUCCAGUCCUCCACCCUGUGCACGGAGAUCAUCGAGUCGGUGCGGAGGCUGAUGCUCUCCGUCAGCGCCCAGUGGCCCGGCGACCUGGGCCCGCCGUGGGUGGCGCCGCGGCGCUACACCUGCCGCGAGACGCUGGUGGUGGUGGGCGGGCGCAAGAACGGCGAGCAGACGUCGCGCGAGGCGCUGCUCUACGACGAGCGGACCCAGCGCUGGCAGCGGCUGGCCAAGCUGCCCGUGCGGCUGUACCGGGCCGCCUACGUCUGCAUCCACAGCAUCCUGUACGUGCUGGGCGGGCUCACCAUGGGCAUCGGGGGGGGCACAGUCAGCGCCGACGUCUACACGCUGUCGCUGAAGACCAACCAGUGGAGGGUGGCCGAGCCCAUGCGAAGGCCCCGCUAUGCCCACCAGAGCAUCUCCUACAUGCACUUCAUCUUCGUCCUGGGAGGGAUCGGGCCCGAGAAGCGCAUCUCCGGGGCCGUGGAGAGGUACAACAGCAUGUUCGACCUGUGGGAGCCCAUGGCCCCCAUGCCCACGCCUGUCCUCCACCCGGCCGUGGCCGCCGUCGACCAAAGGAUCUACGUCUUCGGUGGGGAGGACGCCAUGCAGAACCCCGUCAGGAUGAUACAGGUGUACCACAUCACUCGGAACCUGUGGUCCAGGCUGGAGACCAGGACCGUGAAAAAUGUGUGCGCCCCCGCUGUCACCAUGGAGGGCAAAAUCUACAUCAUAGGAGGCUACACAAGGAGAGUUAUUGCUUAUGACACCAAAGCCAACAAGUUCGUGAAGUGCAAGAACAUGAAGGAGAGGAGGAUGCAUCACGCUGCCACCGUGAUCGACAACAAGCUGUACGUGACGGGCGGCCGUUACAUCACCAGCAACGACGUCAUCGAGGACUCGGACGCCUUCGAGUGCUAUGACCCCAACACAGAUGCGUGGACCUGCAAAGGAACGCUGCCAUACAAGCUCUUCGAUCAUGGCUCUCUUCCCCUCUUCUGCGUCUCCAACAAACCUCACCCGCCCUGAACUACAUGGAACAUUUUUCAUAAUUAGAGAGAAUUACAAUUGUGAUGGGUUUUUCCUCAUACUACAGGCCCAUUUCAAAACGUGUUACAAAAUGGUUGGCAUGGAAGGCCCUGUGGUAUGUCUUAAAUCGGAAGAUGUUUUACUUCAAGAGUCAAGGCAGCACAUUGGCCUCAAGAGUGUGCAGAAGUCUCUUAGAUACACUUUACAUAAACAACUGCUCAGCAGUAAGUCUUGACACUAACCCUUGUAACAACUGGUUAACUGUCUAGCUCUCCUUGGAAAGGAAUCUUUGUUCAUAAAUGAUGGUCUAGCACACUUGUUCUGCAUUAGUGUCAUAGUACAGGAAAGACCACACAUUUCUUCAUAAGAAGAGUUUUUUUAAAACAUUGUACUUCAAAACAAUUUAAGCCAUAUCAUUUGUAAUACAAAAAAACAAACUACAGAUAGAAAAACAUUUAAAAGAUGUAAUAUCUGUGCACUGAGCAAGCCUCAAUAUUGAAUACAUUCCUGUGAAUUUGAUUCUUAAUAGUACAUGUGUUAAUAAUGAAUUUUCAUAUUCAGUAAGCUGUAUAAUAUAGACAUUAAACCACAAUGAAAUGGGAAAUGUCCAUUCUCGGCUAGAUAUUUUGCUUAUCCGACUAACACACUUCUAUCAUUUAAUUAGGAGUAGAAGCCCAUGAAAUCAUGAAACAAGUGUUGAUUCUGCACAGUACAAGAUUGCAUUUUGUGGUUUGUCAGGGUGGUAUGAAAACUGUGAAAACCUGUGUAAUUUAAUUUAUUUUAAUAGAAUAUAGUCACUAAGCAGCCUUCAGGUUUCCCAUAGUAUCUUAGCAGCAGGUUUCCAACAAACAAUUUAAGCAAAACAUAGUCUGUUACAUAAAUAUAUAUAGGAUAUGCUGAAUAUAGUUACUGCUCCCAGUGUAUUUAUAGACAUUUUGAAUGUAGAACAAAGUGCAAGUUUCGACAGCUGAAGAUAAACUCACAGCUGGAAACACAGGAUCACUGUGACAUUGAAUCAAAGUGAGGCUGCUGCUCAACUAGUCCAUGACAACCACUAUCACCAUGGGAACUAUGGGUCACCAUGGUUGCUGCCUGUUUCUGCUUGUCUGUUGUUGCUCUCCUCACAAAUCCUCUUCAGAACCCCAACUGACCCAAUGACUUUCCUGUUACAGAUUGAACCUUCUCAUUUUUCAC